GGUUCAGUACGCCAGCGACCGUGCUCCCGUACAGUUUGGUGUUGGUGGUGUGUGGUCAGGAUCGGGUUUUUGCGGUUAACGAUCGCCACCGUCCGGCGGGCGGUUUUGUGUGUUUGCAUUUUAUUGUUUUGCAGUUUCAUUCGCGCGCGCGAGCGCUCCCGCGCAUCACCGAUUCGUACAACAGCAGUUAAAUCGUUCCUUGUAGUGCACGCGUUCGCACUCCGUAAUUGCAAACCCGCGUUCAUAUCGACAGAUAGACAGAUAGUGUUUCAAUUAACUAAUAAAAAAAGCCCACCGUGUGUCGUAACCAGGUUCGUCGCUCGUCCACUUCGUCCUGUUCUUUUGCACCGGGGCGCGUGUGUGCCAGUGUGCGCAUGUUAUGCGAUCGCACUGUGCACAUCCUUCCCACCCGCGUGGUGCAUCAGUAGUGUUUUCGGUUCGGUUCGGUUGGUGAAUUGCGGGCGACACCGAUGCGGCCCCGUUCGUAACGGUAAGGUGCAGCUGAUCUGCAUCAGCUGUAGCGAAUCGUGUGGAGUGUCUAGUGUCCGCGUGUGUGUGUGUGUGUGUGUCUGUGGAUGUACCUGCACUGUUUGAGUGGUUUGAAAGUUGCAUUUCCAGAGUGAUUCAACUGAUACGAUAACGACACUUUCACUCUUCCUACACACAUACAACCCGUGCAUAUAUAACAUGUGCCAGUGGAAAACGAAUCGCUUUGAUGCAGGUAACUUGAAAAGUGAAUAAAAACGAGAAGAGGAAGAGCAAGAAGAAGAAGAAGCAAACACAUUCACUUGCACAGCAUCACCCCACUGCACACGUAACCCAGCCGUGUGUGCUCCAGUUCCGGUUCUAGUGCGGUAAUGAUACGCCGCGCCGUUCUAAGCAAAAUGAACGCAAGACAUCAACGAUGGCUGAGGCAACGAACGCUGCUGCCACUGUUCAUGGUCACAGCAAUGUGCAUCAUCGGAUUAGAGGGCACGAUGAUAAGACCCGGCCAACCGUCAGCAGGACCAUCAACUCACCUCACAGCCGACGGCGUUGGUCCUUUGUCCAACAGCAGCAGCAGCAGCUCAUCAGCGGCAACUGAAAGGCACCGGAGGCUGAUCCCUUACAUGCAGUACUACGUAACGUCCACUGCCGGACCACCGCCGCCGUCCGGGGACGGUGGGGCGCCCGAUACCGGCGACUAUCAGCCGUCGUUCAACCCGCUCUAUAAUUAUAGGCCGAUCAACGUUCCUGUCAGACAGGAGCCGGCCCCGGGGGCUGACAUUCGAGCGGCCUACUACACCGCGCAGAAGCACGCGAAACCACAGCAACAACCACAGCAACAGUCGUACCGGACGCAGGAGGAACCGUACGAGCUGCCCCGCUCGCCGGUCGUAGUGCACCGCAAACCGUACUACGGCACGGCGCCGGCCAAGUUGAUUUCAUCCACCGGGCUUAAGUCACUCCCGGCUUCGUCCUCUUCGUCCUCCUCCUCCUCCUCCUCCUCCUCUGCCAGCAUCAAUCCGUUCACGUACGAGUACAAUCACCGGCAUCAUCCGCAGGGCGUGAAGGUGGUGUCCGUUGGGGGUGGAUCGGCUGGUGCGCCAACGUCGUACGCGGUGCUCAGCACGGGCGAUCACACCGGUGGUGACCUAUACGAGCGGCCCAAGUAUGCGGUAAUUCCACGGGAACGUGACCAGUACGAGCAGGUGGUAGUGCCGCAGCGCUUUGCCGUCCUGCCAGCGAAAGUGUACGGGCUGGAGGAGGGGGCCGAUGACUUACCCGCCGGGGGUAAAUACUUCCUACCGGCCGGACCCGGAGAACGCAGCAAACCUUCGGCACUGUACCAGUCAGUGCCGGUAGCGUACAAGAAGAAGAUUAUUAAUCCUUUCCUUCCAUCGAACACCAUUCCGGGACCGUUCACACCGAUGACUGGCGGAAGUAGUGGCAGCAGCAGCAGCAGCAGUAGUAGUAGUAGUAGUAGUGGUAGUGUGACAAACACAUUCAGCACCCAGCAUCAGCAGGAAGGUACGCGCGGCGGUUCCCAAACGUCAUACAUCAAAAGCGCUGUCACCGAGCAGCCGUCAGUGGCCGUCUACUCGUCGUACGAUCAUGGCGCUCCGGUGCAGGAUCAUCGUGGCCAUGGAGAUCCCUCGGUGUCGUCCCCGUAUGUGGUGGUGAAAACUGUUCCCAAGUUUUACUACGAAAAGCCAAGGAUUACCGGCCCAACGCCUGCACCAUCGCCCUACCCGGUGUACUACAAGGAGAAGCCCAGCGAAGGACGUAAACAACACUCCAAUCACAGUGGUUACACAAGGCCACGGAUACCCGGAGUGGUCCCGGUCAGGCUGACGAUUGAUCCCAACAAUCACGUCACCGAUGGUCAGUCAGAGCAGCACCACUCACACCAAUACUACAAAAUCGGCCAGCAACUGUACAAGGUGCAGCAGGAGCAUGGCGUCACUCCGACGAAACUUCAAACGGUUUCACCACCUCCUCGCCAACAUCUUACCGAAACGAUCCUGACGCAGCACGCGACCCCACAAAAGCCAGCGGAAGUCGCUGGAAAGAGUCCACCCACCGGUCAGUACUACCUCACGCCAAACUACAAAGUGUACAAGGUGCCAGCCAAACAUCAACACACCCUACCGGAACAUCCGGCCUACCAGUAUGCGCAUCCCCAACCCGUCGCUGUCUACUCCAGUACCACUCCACGCCCGGUAAGCUAUUCCAGCGUUUCACCCAGCACCACGCCAGCCCCGGUACAUGAAACUCCAUCCUACCCGGUGUACCGUCCAUCGGUGAAGCCCCUCCGCCACAAUCGCACCGAGUACGCCAACCGGCAACGCUUCUACCCACAAUCGAUGCGUCAUCCAAGCCAGCACAAACCACGUCCGAUCCCGCUAGCUCCGGCACCGGUAGACCACGAACAAGCGCUCGGGUUCCCUGCAGCCCCGGCACCCGGUUCUUCCCUGGCGGAUCUACUCAAAAACCUGCAGGACAAUAAUCUGCUGCCGAAAACGCUCACCCCGGACAAUAUUGACAACUCGAUCCGUACGCUCGUGAAGAUACUGAACAACCUGAAAGCGAACGGACAUCCCCAGCGACCCCCCGUGGUAGAGCGGCCAGAGACCCCAAGAGAGCCGACGACGUACGAGCGAACGAACUACACAACGGUCGAGCCGGAAUCGUACGUGGACACGGACAAGUACCGAGCGGGGCCACCGAUGCUCAUCAACAAGAUUGUAACGCCCGGACCGAACACUGGCCGACCGGGCAUUGACUAUCCCGCGCUGGCCGAGAUCCCCGAGACGAGCUUCUCGUGCAAGGAGCAGCGGUACAAGGGCUUCUUCGGCGAUCCCGAAACGAACUGUCAGGUGUGGCACUACUGCGACCUGAACGGUGGUAAAGCUUCCUUCCUCUGCCCGAACGGGACCAUCUUCAGUCAGGUGGCACUGACCUGCGACUGGUGGUUCAACGUGAAAUGCUCCACCACGGCGCAGCUGUACGUGCUGAACGAGCGGCUGUACAAGUACAUCCUGCCCUUCACGCCCAAGUUCCCGGAAGAUUACAGUGGACCACUCGUUGAUAAAUAUCUUGCCCUCAAGUUCCAGGAAAUGGAGGAAAAGAUGAAGCAGCAACGAGCCAAGGGUGCCAAGCAAGGAUCUAUUGAGAUCCCGAACGCAGUCCCGGAGAACGAUGAAGUUAACGGUAACACGCUAGAGGACAACGACGAACGAUACAACCAAAAUCAACCCUACCCGAUCCGGUACGCCACCACGGAAGCAGUGCCGGAGCGUGCCACAGCAACUUCGGUCCGUCCAUCGGCUCCAUCCCCCUCCUCCUCCUCCGUUCCGAUCACACUCGAAGACAUCGAUGCGGAACUGCACCGUGGUAGUAACGGUGGUGGAAUGGUGGAGUCAUCCAGUCCCUCCUCCGGCAGCAGUACAAUGGGACCUGCUUCCCCCAUGAUGGACGUAUCGGAGGAAGAGCAGCAAGAAGACGAACGGCGAUCACCGUCUGCCUACAGAACGUCCUCCGUCCCUACGACAACCACACUGAUCAUCGCGACCGAGGAACCACCGAUCGAUCCGUUCCGGCCGGAGGAGAUGAUGAUGAUGAUGCACCCCGAAGGACGGCAAGAGGACGAUGAUGAGGAGGACGAGUAUGCGAAUGUGGUGGUCAAUGCGGAGCACCGGUCACCGUCACCACAGCACAGCAACAGCCUGCCGACGGCGGCCCCAAUACUGAGCAAGAUCCGGCGGAUCGAGGUGAAAAACGACGGCACCAGUGGACAUUUGAUAAGGAAUCCAAACUACGAUCGGCGAAGGAAAAAGUAGAGUGUAAGUGAUUUGUACGAUCCAAUACUCAGUACGACAAAACUCAAUAAACUUAUUUGUACAAU